AUGGAUUCUGCUCCAGAUGGAUCUACUCGAUACUCUAUCGUCGGCCUCUGCAAAGUCAAAGCUCUGUAUCGGCUAAUGAAAUUUGAGCUCCAACUCAGUUCGACGUCAGUUCCGUUCUCCCGCUUUUGUUCUUCUUCACAUGAAUAUCCUCGACCAUCGCAAUCCAUGCUUUUUCUCGAAUUUAUGCUUAGCUUUUCAGGCUCCAGGAACCGGUUGGUUCGAGCGUCCAAAGAAGUCCGGAAAAAGGCUUCGCAACCACCAACAACAGCCGCAACUUCAGCCCUGCUUCCAUCACCCGGAUAG